AUGAAUCCUCAAGACGAAUACGACGCGUACUACGCCACAGCUAGUCGCCCGAGUACCGGUCACGCAUCCUCGACGCAAUCCUUUCCGCCAUCUCCGGCGAUGACGAUGAGGGACGAACACCUUUAUCAUGCAAACUUUCAUCACACUCAGAGAAACGUCUCUGCUCCUGGGUAUAUGGCCCCACAGACGACCUCGUUUAGUUCGCUCGCCGUUGGUCCCGCGCCGAGCGCUUCUACCCAGGCAUUUCCACCCCAAAUGAAUCUUCAUCAGCCGUAUUCGCACACGCCGUCACUCGCUUCUCCUUCGACGUCCUCAACCUAUUCUUCCGGCCGUUACGAUGCUUCAUAUAACAUGUCACCCCAGAGUCCCACCGGCUUGUAUCAUUAUCAUACACGUCAUGAUGUUGACUCUUCGCUGCCUCCGACUGUCUGGCCGAUUCCCAUCUCGGGUCACUUGAACUCUGGGCAGGGAGUGCAGACGAAUGCGUCGCAAGAUGCCUCGAAAAACGAUCCUGGUGCGUUGCAAUCCCGGCACCUCCUCUCUUCGUCCCAUCCAGCGAGCCGCUCAUCCUCCUCCAAUCCACCCCCACGACCGCCUCGCGGUGCAGUGAAUCCACAGUAUGUCGUUCGCAAUCGCAGUGGGGACUCGAGCACACCUUCACCAUCGGCCUCGCUUGGUGGAUCGUACGCCUGGAUCGACCACCGUCCAGCGGGUCCCAGUAUGCCUGUUCAGGUAGCUGGGACGACGGCGGGCGGACGCUCUUCAUUCACACACAACGCGGAUAUGUACGAAGAUCCGUCGAUGCAGUCCAUUCAACGAGCACCCCAACAGCAGAUUAUAGAGUCGCAGUCGAGACAGGUCCAGCUUGCACCCCUAUGCGGUCCAGAAGAUAUGCUCGAACAUUUCCCGCUGUCGACAGAGAUUCACCAACGGUUCCGUGUAGAGUUACUCAAGGUUAUCAAUGCCGUGUGGCGAAGAGCGAACCAAAAGGAGCCAGACCCGUCGUUGCUGCUGCAGUUUACGUCCAAAAUCGAGGAAAACGGGUUUGAGAAGUAUAGGUGCUUGUUCUGGUCGGAAGGAUCAGAGUGUGGCAAGAAUAUUCCCCGGUAUGUCGGAUCGCAUGCUCGAGCACCUGAGACGACAUGUUGGGGUGCGACCGUGGUUGUGCGACUGCAACUCGGAUGGAUGUCCAGGCGUAUUUCCCUCAAAGUCGGCCAUGUACCAACACCAGAAGAACGUGGAGCCGGUUCAGUGUCAGCGAUGUGGAGCACAGGUUCUCCGACAGAAUCUCGCACGGCAUUGGCGGGCGCAGCGAUGCCAACGACCAGAGGACGGGGUGACUGA